UCCUGGGGGGAAGCGUAACGUAUUUUCUGCGCAACUGUCGCGUCAUGUUCUGUGGUCGCGCGCCGAUUGGAUAUUUCGACAAAACAGGCUACUUUUUGUUCUUCGGUAGCUUACAAGUCGAUGUGUCACAAGACUCUGGGUUCCUUGAGGUGUUCGUCGAUGAAACUGGGGGUAUGUUGUGCGGACUGUUGGGACGGCUGCCCGGGGAAAAUAAGGAACACGGUUCGCCUCUACUAAACUUGAGAACACCAGGACUUCUAAAUUGGGUUGUGCUAUAUCUACAGGCUCCAAACCAAACCAAAUGCAGCGAUCCGCCUCCGCGGCCGAGUGAAGAAACUCGGCUAUUGCUGGCUCGUGCUAAACCACGCGUGAAACUGCGCGAGCUAAGACGAAGAAGAAGGCUCCUUGCCAAGCUCCGGACGCAAGAGACCACAAUGGUGGAACGCAAGGCUGGCGACCGGGCGGGCUCCGAGGACGACGAGGACGGGGGCAGCCUGCUGCGCAUGUCCGAGAACUCGCUCAACCUGUGCCUGCUGGGCGCCGCGGUCGGCGGCAUGACGCUGGGCUGGCACAUCCGCAACCACGGCGUGUCGGCCCGCCUGCUGCAGCUGAUCGACUUCCCGGGCGAGCUGUACAUGCGCAUGCUCGAGUGCCUCGUCAUGCCCGUGGUCGCGUCCAGCAUCGUCGCCGGCCUCGGCAGCGUCGACAUCAUGCUGGCCGGUCAGAUCGGGCUGCUCGCCAUGCUCUACUUCGUGGUCGCCACCGGCAUGGCGUCGGCCAUAGGUAUCGGCGUAGCGCUCGUGCUGGGACCACAGAACGAGCCCUACUGCCGGCGUCAGUUCAGCAGCCAGAUUGACGGCUUCCUAGACCUGCUCAGGAACCUCUUCCCCGACAACUAUCUCGCAGCUUGCCUCGUCUCCUCGCGCACCCACAUCGCUCCGCAAAACGACAGUGGCCUGGUGGACGACGAACACAUCUACCUGGUGAUGAACGAUCGGACCAACAUCCUGGGCCUGCUGUCGGUGUCGGUGAUGCUGGGCGCCGUGCUGUCGGUGACGGCGAGCGAGUCGGACUCGCUGCUCAACCUUUUCGUGGGCCUGAGCAACGCCACGGUCACGGUGUCCCAGCUGACGGCCUGGGUGUCGCCCGUGGGCGUCUUCUUCCUGGUGGCCACCCGGCUCUCGCAGAUGAGCGAGCUGCACCACGCGUUCGUAGCCACGCGCACGCUCCUGCUGGUCAGCGUGGCCGCUCUGGCCGCCUACGGACUCGGGCUUCUGCCAGUCUUGUACGUGCUCGUCACCAGGAAGGACGCCCGCCACUUCCUUCGCAUCACGUGCGUUCCGGCGAUGAAGGCGUUCCGCUCGGCGUCGCGCACCGAGAGCGUGCCGGGCACGAUCGAGGCCCUGGAGGACCUGGCGGGACUGGAGCCGCGCGUCGUGCGCUUCGUCAUCCCGGUGGGCGCCAACGUGAGCAUGUCCGGCACCGCGGUGGUGGCCGCCGCCACGGCCGUCGUCAUCGCCCGGCUCGACGGUAUCGACCUGGGCGCCGUCGAGGCGGUCAUCAUCGGCACAACUGUCGUGCUCGCCAGCCUUGGCGCGGCGAGCAUCCCCAACAGCAGCGUGCUCACGGUGCUCAUGAUCCUCAUGGCCCUUCAGGUGUCCAGCCGUAACAUCAGCCUCGUCUUCGUCAUCGACUGGGCCGUCGACCGCUUCCGCACGACGGUGAACAUCUACAGCGACUCGGUGGGCUCGGCCAUCGUGCAACAGUUCAGCCCCCUCGAGACCCUCGAGGACAGCGUUGAGGAGACUUCCGCCUUCCAGGCGCAAGCCGUACCGAAACCCGUGCCGCCGCCGCCGAAGCCGAAGCCCGAGCCGGAGCCGAGCGGCUCGGGGUCUCGGCCCGAGGGCGAGCCGAACCGAGAGGCCGCGGAAGAGCCGAAGCUGCUGAGUGGAGGCUGGAUAAGGCGGAGGCUGUCGAGAUUUCCCGGCUUCCCUCGACGGCGAAAGGGGACUCGUGCCGAAGGCGCGCUGUGGACGCCGUCUUCCACGAGCAGCGCCUCUUCUCGCGCAUCGACGUCGCGCGGAGUGCUUCUUCCUCCGAGCGACGGUUCGGUCGGCGCGCCUGCCGAGAUCGCCGUCGCGAUGGCGCACGCGAACGACGCCGACUACGGCGGCAAAGCCAGUCCACUUCCCCAAGGCAUCGCGGUUGUGGGCGGUUGGCCGACGGCCGGCUUUCGCCCGUUCGAGGCGAGCGACGCACCACCGUCGUUCACAGCCUCAACGCAGGACGGCCGCGACGAUAAGCAGGCGGAGACGGCGCCAAUCACCUGUACCGCCGCAGCAGACGGAACGGGCUCCCUCGGAGACGUGAGUUCGGGACGCAGUCGACGUCACCGACACCAACGGAGAAGAACCAAAGAGGCGAAGAACGCCGCCGACAAGGCCCUCAGGAGGAGCUCCAAGGCCGGCGCCCACCCUCCGCGUCCACGUCGCUCCAAGAAGAACAGGGAGAAGUCGUCGUUGCCAUCCGCCAUGCCAGAUGCCGUGAGCGCAGUUCCAGACGAGGCCCUGCCGCCGCUUGCCUCAGUGGACGCCGAGCAUGCGGCACCCGAUCUCGGAGGCGAGGCAUCGCGACGGUCUUCGACCGGCACUGCCGCAAGGCCUGUCGUCUGAGCGACUGCAUAUUUCGUGCAUAUUGCCGGGAAUCGAAGCGACUGGCAAACUACUGCACUUAUGACGUGAUUUUUCUUUGUUCGUAAUGUUUCACACGAUGGGACGAACCUCUUCGGUGUAGAUGGCUUCUGUGGUCACUGCCGGGCUCUCCCCGUGGUUGAUGGAAAGAUAGCCCUUGCAGAUUUUAAGCGUGACUUUCAAGUGAGAAAGACUCUUGACUUAGAGUAUGAAACCGUCCGCUGCUCUGUACCAGUAUCUGAGCGCUUUUUAUGUACUCAUUGCAAAUAAUUAAGUUCUUAACGACGACACACAAAAAAGCUAGCGAGAUAAUUUGAACUUCAUAUUUAUUUUGGCUAUUUACGAUAGUUGCGACAAAAUCUUUCUCACCGUCCAGUGCCUAAAAUUAUUUUCUGUGCGACGACCAGCUGGAGGGGGAAAUUUACCUCUACGUCUUUUCUGUUUUGUGCUUCAUGAUUGACAAUGAAUUUCAGUAUCAGUUAACUUCGAGACCAAA